UCUAGUGCAGUUCCUGCAAGGAAAUCAAGAAUUUCCCAUCAUGAUGAUCAACUCUUCCUCGCUCAUUUUUGCACUUGCACUUUUGGUCAACUCGUUCGCUCGCUCAGCAACUUUAGCUUUGCCUGAGAGUAGAAUUCAAGAUGAUAUAGCAAACCAAGAUAGCUUUAGUUCUGUCAUGGAUGAAGAUGGCAUGAAUAUAGCAGGACCUAGUGAUUUCUCCCCCAGAAGAUUCCCUCUCAUAGAGGGAAGGCUGGCUGAUGAACAUGGGACAAAGAGGAUCUUCAUCCUUUCAGAUUUAGGAUCAAAAGGGGCUUCUGGGAGUGACGCAAGCUCUGGUUUUGGCCGAGCCUUCACCGUGCUGUCACCAUGGAGAAUCGACCGUGCUCUUGCUGCAACUCAGAAGGAUGAGUGGCACAAUGCAGAUGAUCUCAUCCCCAUGGCCAAGAGAAACAUGGACAAUAAGAUGCUUCGGUGCAUGAUCGGGAGGGUGUACCGUCCCUGCUGGCAGGCUUGAAGAUAGAUGGAAAACACAGCCACGACUUACCUAAUGCCUAACCUAAUGACUUGAUCUUGUCAUGUUCUUUUAAAAAUAAAUUCACAGAACCAAAAAUGUUGUACAGUUAAAUAAAACUUUAUUAAAACCAGAAA